AUGACCUCAACACCUCCCAAAGAAACAUUAUUUACGCACGCCACAAUAAUAACCAUCAACCCCGACCGUACCAUAAUCCGCAAUGGGUACCUCCUCGUGCGCGACACCCGCAUCGCCGCUAUCGGGGCAUCUCCUGUCCCCGCCGACCUUCUCACUCCAGACAUAACCACCAUCGACUGCACCGGCAAGAUCAUCCUCCCAGGCCUAAUCAACAUCCACGCGCACUUGGUUCAAUCCCUUCUCCGCGGACUGGCCGAAGACCUUCCUCUCCACAACUGGCUCUGCGACGCAAUCUGGCCCCUCGAGGCAUCCUACGCAGACAAAGAUGGUUACCAUGCUGCGCGGCUCACCAUUGCAGAGAUGCUCAAGACGGGGACGACAUGUUUCUUAGACCCAAUGGUGACCUACCGAGCGGGAUGGGAGAGUGUCUGUGAUGCUGUGGCGGAGAUGGGAAUUAGGGGGUGCUUGGGCAAACUGAUCAAGUUCCCCGAGACUAACCGCCAACUAUCCAUUACCGACCCACGCGACCAGGACCUCCUCGCCAUGUCUAUUCCCGGUCUGCUCUCCGCCCACGAAACCCACCACGGCACACACAACAACCGACUGCACGUAUGGGCCGCGGCUGGAACUCCCAGGGGCGCACCAGCUUCACUAUAUCACGAGCUAGGAGAAACAUGUGCAUCGCACGGCAUCUCACUAACCAUGCACUGUGCCGAAGCACCCCGAGACCGAGAAAUCUACCAUGAUGUAUACGGGUGCAGCGCGAUGGAAUUCAUCCGGGAUACGGAACUCUGCCCUAACCUUCAAGACAAGCAGAGCAAAACUCACAACCUCGUGCUAGCACAUAUGGUCAAUCUGGACCUUGAAACAGAUUUACCACUUCUAAGUGCAACGCACACAUCGGUAGCGCAUAACCCGAGCUCGAAUUUGAAACUAGCAUCUGGGGUGGCGCCGAUACCAGCGAUGUUGGGGUAUGAGCACGGGAUUAUUGUGGGGCUAGGGACAGAUGGCGCGCCGUGUUCGAACCACUACGACAUGUUCCAGGAGAUGCAUUUAGCUGCGAUUCUGCAUAAGGGAGUUUGUCGCGAUGCGAGGGUGGUCGGGGCGGAGACGGUGCUGGAAAUGGCGACGAUUAAUGGAGCUAAGGCGCUGGGGCUGGAAGAUGAGAUUGGGAGUUUGGAGGUGGGAAAGAAGGCGGAUCUGGUGAUCGUGGAUCCGUAUGGCAAGGGAGGGGUGGGCGCUGCGCCGUGGCAUUGGGAGGAUGAGGAUGGGGCGAGUGUUGUUACGACGGUGGUUCACGGAUGUACGGGGAGGGAUGUAGAUUUGACUAUGGUUGAUGGGGAGAUUUUGGUUCUGGGUGGGAAGUUGGUGUGUGGGCUUGAGGGGGAGAUUAUUUCGCAGGCGCAGAGGGCUAGUCGGGGAGUUAGGGCGAGGUGUAGGAGCAGGAUGGGGUCGGAAUCAUGA